AUGAGGCAGCAUGGCAGCUCGGCCUUCCUCCCCGCUCUCCUGUUUGUUCUAGCACUGACGUGCCGGAGGUCUCUGCACACGUCAGCAGCGCGCAUCAUCAAGCCUGGAAGCAGCUACCUUCCCAGCCUCGACGACCAGCUGCCGGUGGAGAAGGCACCAGCUGACGCCACCCCGCCGAACCCGUGCGGCCAUUUUGACUCCGAUGACCCCCUUGACGCCGGCAACGCGCAUCAGCCGUGCUAUGGACCGGAUGGGGAGGUUGCAGACAACUCUCUGAAUGCAAACACGGGCGCAGAGUGCGGCUACUUCUUCCCAGAGAUCACAGGGUACGCUGGCAGGAUGCUCGCCGCAAACGCUACGGGCCACGCUUGCCCGCCUCGAGACAGACUCUCGUAUCCUCUGGGUCCUGGUUCCACGAGUGGUUGUCCGACAAGCGGCACCCUCUUCUGCUCCUAUCCAGCUUUGCCGAACGAGAACCCCAACGACUUCUUUUGCAACUAUGAUGCGAGCACUGGACAGCUGACGCAGGAUAACGAUGCGGGUUACUGCCUCUCCUCGGCUCCUGCGUGCAGCUAA